AUGGGCUCUCUUUCUGCGGUAGACGUCUCGGACGUCAAGAUCCUAGGCUUUGUUGUCACGGACUUGCGAUUUCCGACAAGUCUCGAUGGUGUUGGAUCCGAUGCUAUGCAUGUUGGCACGAACGGGUCACAUCCGUACAUCCAGCUUAAGACGAACCAUGCCGGUCUGACCGGUGAGGGUAUCGCAUUUAGCAAUGGUCGCGGUAGCGAACUCGUCUGCAUGGCCCUCGAAAUCUUUGCGAAACGUGUUGUCGGCAAAACCAUGCAUGAGCUCACGCGCGACAUGGGCAAGACAUGGCGAUAUAUGGUGUCAGAUUCUCAGUACCGCUGGAUCGGCCCCGAGAAGAGUGUCACGCAUCUAGCCGUUGCUGGUGUGCUGAACGCGGUUUGGGACCUAUGGGGAAAGAUCCUGGGCAAGCCAGUCUGGCAAAUUGUGUGCGAUAUGACUCCUGAGGAGAUUGUGCGUUGUAUCGACUUCCGCUACAUUACAGAUGUCAUCACUCCUGAAGAAAGCAUUGCGAUGCUCAAGAAGACGCAAGCCGGCAAGGAGAACAGGUUGCGCGAAGCUUUUGAGAACUGCGCUGUCCCGGCAUACACCACAUCUCCAGGUUGGCUAGCAUUCUCAGGCGAUCGCAUGAAGGAAGUCUUGCAGGAGACUAUUGAUCAGGGAUAUACAGUUUUCAAAUUCAAAGUUGGAACAAGUAUCGAGGCUGAUCGCGCGCGUCUGUCCGCCGUGAGAGACGUAUUGGGAUAUGAGAAGGGCUAUCAAAUCAUGAUCGAUGCCAAUCAGGUGUGGAGUGUCCCGGAGGCUAUUGAGUACAUGAAGCACUUGGUGGAAUUCAAGCCUGUCUUCAUUGAGGAGCCCACCAACCCUGACGAUGUUCUGGGCCAUGCUGCAAUCCGCAAGGCACUCAAGCCGUAUGGCGUUGGUGUUGCAACAGGUGAAGCUGCACAGAACCGAGUGACCUUCAAGCAGCUCCUCCAGGCUCAGGCCACAGAUGUUGCCCAGAUUGAUGCAGUGAGGUUAGGAAGUGUCAACGAGUGCUUGGCUGUCAUGCUCAUGGCUUUGAAGUUUGAUAUCCCCUGUGUUCCUCACAAUGGAGCUAUGGGUCUGACCGAGCUCACUUCCCACCUCAGUACCAUUGAUUAUGUUGCGAUCUCUGGCAGAAAAUCCAUGCUAGAGAACGCGGAUAGCCAUCGCGAGAAUCUGCGACACCCUUCCAAGAUCGUCAAUGCCCAUUAUGUAACACCGCUUGCCCCAGGCUAUUCAACAGGCUACACUGAUGAGGCACUGGAGAAGUACACAUAUCCAAACGGAAGCUUUUGGAGCAGCGAGAUCGGACAGCAGAUCAUUGCGCAGCCGACUGGUGGUGAACUAUAG